AUGAUGAAAAGACGAAUCGGGCGGUGCAUGAUGUUCGGUCUUAAGCCAGCUCAGAUUGACGAGGGAGGAAAGAUACUACAGCAACUGGCAACAGACUGGCGGGAAUUGAUCGCUGGUAGCGAGGGUUUCCUUACAGAUGAAAAGCGGCGGAGCUUGUAUCAGCAUAAUGUGGUGUGGGGAGAAAUGGAUGUGAUGGGUCAUGUCAACAAUGUUACAUAUGUCCGAUAUGCCGAGUCGGCACGAGUGAAUUGGACGCGGAAUAUAGGUCUCCAUAUUGACCCGGCCAACAAAAGCAAAUGGCUUAAUUUGCUCAAUUCCACCGGUAUUGGCUUGAUCAUGCGAAGUAUCAAGAUUGAUUACAAAUUUCCUAACGAAUUAAAUAACCAGCCUAUGAAAUUCCCGGACAAGAUCACUGUUUAUCAAAAACUUGUUUCAGACCCAUCCUCGUCCCUUUCAUCCCAAUCUGCUUUUCAACUUCAGGUCAUAAUCUUGUCGGAAGCCCGUCAGCGCCCCGCGGCGAGGUGUUAUGAGGAUAUCGUCACAUAUGACUACAAGAAGAAUCAGAAGACACCAGAGCUUCCGCCCUUCAUUCGUGAUCAGUUCCAAAUCAUUUGGGAGCUGCAGGAGGAAGCGAAGAAGGACUGGCAGCGGCGGAUUUUGGAGAUUGAGGAUCGAGUUCGUCGUCUUGAGACUGAAAGCUGGGAUCGUGCAGAUGCUGUUGAGGAUACCGGUUCAGCAAAACAGUAA